CCACCCUGCUACCCGAUAUCUCACAUUUAUAGCUAACACCAAAACCAUGAAUCUACUGACACUCGCACAUUAUACACUUUUCUCCAUCGCUACUGCCGCCCCUGUGAUUGAGAGGCCAGGCUAUCGAAUGCAUCUCCCAGCUACUGUGCCUGUUACCCUUGAGGCUGUUCCUAAGACUGCAAGCGAAUGGCACGUAGAUGCCAUAGAGAUGUUGAUCCCGCAUGAAUGGCUACUGUGAGCAGCCCAUGUAUCCGCUCAGCUAAUACACUGUAGCAUUAUUUUCUGUUGUUUGCCUUUUAGGUAAUGCCAAUAAUAUGGAUUGCUCCUUUUCGUUCUGGUAAUAUGAAAAGCGCAUGAUCAUGCGGCAUUUUAUGACAACCAGCCUGCUAAUCUUCAAUACCUACGUCUUCAUUCGUCAAAAAAGAAAAAA